AUGCCCACCACGGGAGGUCAAGGGUCAAGUCGCGGUGUGGGGUCACCCACCAUGACUAGACCGGAGGGUACCUCUCAAAAACAAGCAGUCAACCAUACUGCACCACAGACAGAUAGUUAUCCGUCUCAGGAGUUCAUGAAUAUGCAACACCAGAGGAUGCUCAUGCAAAGCGCAUCCUAUGUCGACCCUCCCGUCGGGAUAGGCUGGCGUGGCACACCCCAAACCUUCACACCCGAGAUCGACGACAUUAUCGGAGGGAGAUUCAAUCAACCUGUCGCCAGUGGCAAUUUUCUUGACCCGAGAGUAUGUUUUGAGCUGAGUGGAAUCGGUCGCGAUGAUCGUUCCGCCGGCGCGGUUGGAAAUUCCCCCCAUCAGCAGGUUCCGUGGGAUGUGCCAACACCCGAGUCCGUCAGUCCAUACGCAGAAGGGUCUCCGGUCGUUGAGAGUUACAUAAUCUGUGCUUGGGAGGGUUGCACUUACAACGGCUGGUUCUCUGAUAGAAUGUCCGUCUGGAAGCAUAUCAAGGAAAGCCAUCUCAUCUCGGAGCAGAUUGAAUGCCACUGGAAGGGCUGUGACUACAGUCUACCUUUUGCCAGCAACAGUACACUUUGGCGGCAUAUCCGCACGAAACACAUUGCCCCCAAUGCGUACAGCUGCCCCCAAUGCGGGAAGCUUUUCAGUCGCAAAGACAAGGUCUCGGAUCACCGGCGUUCUGUUCACAGCUAA